CUUCGUCGUCGUCGUCGACGCCGCCGUCGGGCAUCCCGGACGGAGGAGCGUCUAUCAGUACCGCGCCGAUCCGCGCCGCACCUAUACGACCCCCAAAAUCCCCUUAAAACAUCUUUUGGCCGCGACUAUGCCGAGAUGACAUUCUUUCCCGUAUUAUUACUACCACGAACUAGAGGAUCAGACUCGAUUUCUAAUAGCAAGACUACCUCCGAGUGUGACGACGAUGUAUCAGUGUGUAACAAAUUAAUAUUGUAUUAAUUAAAAAGAAAAAAAAAUUAUAAAAAGAUGCAACAACAAGCGAGUGAAAGCGGUGGGGUCCCGCCGGGGGGUAGCCCGGCCGCUACGGGGGCUACGGGCACGGCCGCAGCCCGAAGUCACGUGAACGGGGGCCGUUUCGAUUUCGACGACGGGGGCACGUAUUGUGGGGGCUGGGAGGACGGGAAGGCCCACGGACACGGAGUUUGUACCGGCCCUAAGGGCCAGGGGGCCUACAGUGGCUCCUGGCACUACGGUUUUGAGGUUUCAGGAGUCUAUACUUGGCCAAGUGGUAGCUGCUUCGAGGGCCAAUGGCAGAACGGGAAAAGACACGGUCUAGGGGUGGAAACGAGAGGCAGAUGGAUCUACAGGGGUGAAUGGACGCAGGGCUUCAAGGGCCGCUAUGGGGUCAGACAAUCAAAUACAUCGAUGGCGAAGUACCAGGGUACGUGGGCCAACGGGUUGCAGGACGGGUACGGAUCGGAAACAUAUGCGGACGAAGGUACCUACCAAGGCCAAUGGAUGCGAGGCAUGCGUCACGGUUACGGGGUACGUACCAGCGCCCCCUUCGGCAAAGCGUCGAAGUACCGAGGACACCAAAAAGGGCUGCGUGGAUCCCUAUCGUCCCUGCGCAGUAGCGAACCUGGUGCUGCGCCCCUCGACGCCGCAGAGAAACGUGACCGAAGAAUCGACGACUCGAGGGGCGGGUUCGUGUUGCAGAGUAAAAGUACCGAACAGGCGACGAGCAGUCGACGCAGAUCCUUGGGAUCCGGAAAUAUUAAAAAGAAUAUUUUUAAGGGUAUUCUUAAAAAAGGGGCGAGCACCGGCGAACUGGACAGGCGAACGGGCUCGGGUAGUAUACGUAGCAACGCCUCAUCCGCCUCUUAUAUCAGUACCGAUUCGGCAGGUUCAGCCAUGACCAACGCUUCGAUGCCUUCGGAUUCCAAUGCCAGUUUUGUGAUAGACGACGAACAAAUGGACCCGAACGUGACAGAAACUUACAUGGGCGAAUGGAGCAACGACAAACGUUCGGGUUACGGUAUUAGCGAGCGUUCGGACGGCCUCAGGUACGAAGGCGAAUGGUACGCGAACAAAAAGUACGGCUACGGCGUAACGACGUUCAGUAAUGGGGAAAAGGAGGAGGGCAAGUACAAGAAUAACGUACUGAUCACUAGUUCGAAGAAAAAGCUGUUUUUGAUGCGAAGCGCCAAGUUUAGGGAGAGGAUAGACGCGGCGGUCAAUGCUGCACAGCGAGCUUCGAAGAUUGCCUUGCAAAAAGCUGAUAUUGCCAUAUCGAGAACUGCCACGGCUCGAGGUAAAGCUGAACAAGCUGACAUAGCGGCGGCCCAAGCUCGAGACGACUCGGAAAUCGCGGAAACGGUCGCGCGCCAAUACGCGCCCGACUUCAAGCAACCCGGCCUGGAGAAACUGAAACAGGCGAUGAAGUAUCGACACCAGCAGAAUCGAAACUUGGACAUUUCCAUCGAGCAGAAGGACUCGAACGUGCUGAACCAGAUCCCGAGCAACGUCAAUCAGGAGAAGGUGCAGCUGAACCAAGUGCAAAUGCAAAACCAGAUCGGGGGUGGUAAACUCAACAAACAACCGAAUCAGUUGCCGAUCAACCAUCCGUAUCAACAGAUGAAUAAUCCACAGCCAACGGGGAACCCUUACCUGCCUUACCAGAACCAAAAUAAGCAGCAGCAGCAACAGCAACAACCCAUUUCAGCUUACCCUUCUCAGCAAAAUCCCGCUUAUCCCGCAUCAGCUAACAAUCCGAAUCCCGCUUUGCAUAAUAUUAACGAUUUUAGCAGCCAACAGCAACAGGACGCAACAAACAUGCUGCAACAAACGACCGGACAUCAUAAGAAUCCCGGCAACGAAUAUUCCAAUCAGGCCCUAAAUAAUCCAAGGAAUUCCAUUACGGGGGAGAAUGUAGCGAAUACGAUACGAAGGAUGUCCCGACGCGUGUCCAGGGACCGACCGUAUUUAGGGAAUAUCGGACAGCAGUCUUCUAUUGACCAUUUCGAUCAUUAUAAGAGGCCACCCAGUAGAGAUUCUAGUGUAGAUAGGUAUUCUAGGGCAACAGGUAGAUUAAGUAACUCCCUAUCGGGAUCCAGACAACCGAGCGUGGAUCGAAACGCGGCUCAACAAAGACUGGCAGAAACACCGGACAGAACGUUGAGGGCACCAUCGGCCGUAAGAGGUACCACUCCGACCCCCCAAGGGUUCAUGACAACGAACGGGGGACUAAAAAACGGAUCGGUUCCGACAGGUCAAGGGGUGCCGACGAGUUACGCCAACGGUAACGCGAUCCCGCCCUUCGAGGACGUGAUAAUUCGGAAACGGGGUCUAGGACAGGACAUCGUGCCGUCCCCGAACCAGCCGAAGCGGACCGAGAGUCUCUUCAUUCCAGGACAGAAUAAUCAGCAGGCGGCAGCAAAAGUGUUACAGACCCAGACGUCGUUGCAGAGGAAGAAAUCGCUGCCGGAUGUGCAGGAGUUGCCGAGGGCGACCCGUCAGAUGCCCAGGGAGGAGGUCUCCAUGUUGGGCUCGGCACGCAGGGAGGAAAUCAGGAGGCAACUGGACGAGCGGGAGAGGUUGCGUGCCAAUCCACUACUUUAUUUAGUCAGUCCGCAAGUCAAGGAUUGGUUUUCGAGACAGCAGUUGGUCCUUGUAGUUCUCUUCAUCAAUAUAUCGUUGGCCAUAAUGUUCUUCAAAUUGCUGACAUAGUACACGGUGCGCGUCAGUUUGGACGCAACUUGAGAAACGAUCACGUACUUUGGAUUACGGUUUGGAUUUUAAACAAAUUUUUGAAAGAGGCAUCCGGUCUCGUACAUUCUGGACGAAUGUAUAAAAGUUAUUGGACGACCGGAGGACAUUUUAUUGGAGGAGCUGAAGGAACUGGUGAAAUGAUAUUUUUUGGACGGUUCAGUGUGUAUUUUUAAAUUAUUAUUAAACCAUAUAGGACAUUUUUAUCUUUACUGUUGGAGUUUUUUAAAUUUUAUCUCUGUUUUCCUUUUUUGCUGUGCAGUCUUGUUUUGUUACCUUAUUUUAGCUGUAUAUAUAUAUGGCCGUUACUUUUUAAACAUAUCUCUAUUUAAAUUAUAUAUUAUAUAUGACAAAAUAAGAGCGGUCCUGAAAAAUUUAUUGCAUUUUAAACAUUCCGCCUGAAGAAGUGAAACGUGCGCAAAUUGUCCAAAUUUAAUGAUUCUUUUUGUAAGUCAUACAGGUGCACCCAUGUAAACUUCGUUAUUUUAAUUCAAUCAUUUUUAGAUUCUACGUAAAUUGUCAAGAAAUUUGAGCAGGGGUCAAACCGUUUUCAAAUAUUGUCAAAAGUCACAAAUUUUGUCCUUAAAAAAUUAAAAUAGGAAAAUUAAAACCUUUUAUUCUAUGCUAAAUAGUGUUUUCUCUAUGACCUUUGAAAGUAAAAAAAAGUAGCGAUUUCAAACUCCUUAUAAUUCAGAAACCAUUUGAACGAAGUAAGGUAAUUUCUUGAAAUUCCAUGUAGAUUCCAAAAAUGCAAAAACAUUUUACCAUAAAAAUAUUGGAGGACCACCCUGUAUUAUAUUACCAAUAUUGUCAGAAAAUAGGGUAGCGAAACAAGGCAUCACAAACAUUAAUAAUUUAUUUCAAUUGUUAAACGUCAUCAGUAUAUUUAGCGAAACGACAUAUUUAAGGCUUUUGAAGUUUAUGUUAUAAUAUCGAGUCCCUGCGAACUUUAAUAUUUCUUGUUGAAAAAAAAAGGUUGUUAAAGACAUUUUUAUUUAAACUUAUUAAGGUAAUUAAUACAUAUUAUUAUAAGUAGCAUAUAGUAUAAUUUUUUUCUGUUAAUCCAUUGUUUCUUUUCUAUGUAAUUCUUAGUUCAAUUUCCUUAUUGCUGCUUAGGCUCAUUACUACUAUAGCGGACCUAUUCGUUUGGUCUCCAAGCUAUUUUAUAUUUCUCGAAACAAAAAAAAGACCUUUUUAUUAAAUUAUACAUACAAAAAAAAAUCUUAAAUUAUUAGACUCUAUAAACUAUUUUGCGUCGUGCCUUGUUCAUACUUUAUAAGUGAUUCGUAUUAAAAAGUCGAUUUUUACCACUAGCGUAAAAUCAUUAUUGUACUCUUAUAAUUAAAAUUUCUAGAUUUAUAUAUGGAAACGGACAUUGUAUUAUGUAAUAUACCUAACGUGUCACUUUAUAUUUUCAAUUUUAAUAAAAGGGGCUGAUUUAAUUAAUA